AAGGGAUGGGUACGAAAACUCCCUCCCAGCAGCUUUCCUCUCCUCUGUUUGGAAGCUGAAAAUGCGGAAGUUUCCACCCAGACUCACAGCACUGCCACUGCAACGAUCAGCCCCAUGACAUUUCGACCAGGACGAAUAAAGUUGCCACUGUGAGGAGUUUCGCGGUACAACCGGAAUAAACUUAUAUGGCCACCUUGCCAGCUGCCGAUAGAAGGGCGUUUGCUCUUAAACUCAACAGGCAUUCAUCAGCAGAAAUAAGGAAGCAUUUUAGUGGAUGUUAUGGCACCGGGCAGUUUCAUCAGCGUCAGAGCUCAGCUGCGUCUGGGUCUUUCUCACUACAAAUGCCUCAGUUUUAUGAAGCAGUGGAGCCAGUGGACCUGGAGGAAUUCUUGAUGACUCAGCUGAGCAGUGCAGACUCGGAGCUGAUGCAGGAGCUGGGAGACUUUCCUGAAGAUGAUCUGGCUGUGGAGUUUUUCCCGAGGGAGUGCAGGACUGUGCAGCACUCUGUCCCAGAGGACGGGGAGGAGCUGGAUCCCCACGUCAGGGACUGUGUUCAGUCCUACACACAGCCAUGGCUGACUGUCAGCAGGAGGUUCCAGGGAGAUGGCUGGAGUAUAUAUUCUGAGAGAACUGGGCUGCACAAAAGGUUACAGAAACAAACCUUUGAAUCUGAUGUGCAGCCUGAUAACCAAGAAUACUCGGCGAAGCCUCCGGCGCUGUCAGUUCUGUGUGACGACUCCGGACGGGCCACCCUCACUUCCUCAGACUUCGACCUGCGCGGACUGCAGCCCGACAGCCGGGUGGAGAACCUCCUAAAGUUCAGCAACCCCGAGGACCUGGACCGACAGAACCAGGAGGCUCGUCAGGCCAGCCGGCACCCAGAGCUCUUCGCACUCUACCCGCCUACUGACGAGGAAGAUGCUGUGGAAAUAAGGCCAAUUCCUGAAUGUCCGAAGGAACACAUUGGCCAUAGGAUUCUUCUUAAAUGCCAGGCUAUAAAGUUUGAGAUAGAAGUAGAGCCAGUGUUUGCAACUUUGGCCUUAUAUGAUUUAAAAGAGAAGAAAAAGAUCUCUGAGAAUUUUUACUGCGACCUGAACUGUGACCAGCUGAGAGGGUUCCUCCGCCCACACACGCCUCACAUCUCCCCCGCCAGCCUGGCCAGAUCGGCCAUCUUCUCCAUCACCUACCCCUCGCCAGACAUCUACCUUGUCAUCAAGAUUGAGAAGGUGCUCCAGCAGGGGGAGAUUGGAGAGUGUGCAGACCCCUACAUGGUGAUGAGAGAGAGUGACACUGCGAAGAAUAAGGACAAGCUGGAGAAGCUAAAAAAUCAAGCUGAAUCCUUCUGCCAGAGACUGGGAAAAUACAGAAUGCCUUUUGCAUGGGCCACAGUGAACAUUAUGAAUGUGAUCAGUACUGCCACCAUUGAUAGAGAUCCUGCAGAAUCUGAGGGUAUGAAUGGCAAAGCUGGUGGAGAAAAAAGAAACCCGGUCCCACACAGAAGAAACUCGGAGAGGUUUAGCUCUCUCGAAGAUCAUUAUAACUUGUCAGGUUUCAAACCAGCCACCAUAACCAUCAGCACCUUUUGCAAACAGGAGGGUGAUCGGCUCAGUGAUGAAGACUUGUUCAAAUUUCUGGGUGAGCUUAAGAGAUCCUCCACCUUGCAGAGACGAAUCAAGACAAUGACAGGCUGUAUUAAACUGGACCUGGUUCCAGCCCCCGACACCAUGCCAGCGUGUCUGUCCAGUGAGCUGAUCGCUGUAAGGCCUGCAGCCGAGAAGAACGUCCGCGCCGUCAGGGAGAUCCUGGAAUUUCCUUCUCGGGAGGUUUUUGUUCCUCACACCACGUACCGAAACCUUCUCUUCGUCUAUCCACAAAGGCUGAGCUUUGCUAAUCGGCUGGCAUCUGCAAGGAACAUCUCGGUCAAGACGCAGUUCAUGUGUGGGGAGGAUGCAAGCAGUGCCAUGCCAGUCAUUUUCGGGAAGUCCAGUGGACCUGAUUUUGUACAGGAAGUGUACACACCUGUUACUUACCACAAUAAGGCUCCUGACUUUUACGAAGAAGUGAAAAUCAAGCUGCCAGCCAAACUUACAGAGAGGCACCAUCUCCUCUUCACCUUCUACCACAUCAGCUGCCAGCAGAAACAGACCCAGGCAGGCAAUGUGGAAACGCUCAUUGGAUACUCGUGGCUCCCUAUUGUAACUAAUGAUAAAUUGCAAGUUGGACAGCACUGCCUACCUAUAGCCUUGGAUCGACUGCCCAGUAACUACUCACUGCAUUCUCCAGAGAAAGUCCCUCUACAGAAUCCUCCUGUAAAAUGGGUGGAAGGCCACAAAGGUGUUUUCAGUCUUGAAAUACAAGUAGUAUCUUCUGUUCACACACAGGAUAAUCAUUUGGAAAGGUUCUUCACUCUGUGUCAUGCCCUGGAGGGUAAAGUCACAUUUCCAAUUCGUGUUCUGGAAGAAAAGAUUCCUGAAAGCAAGCUGGAGCAGGAGCUGAAACUGAGCAUCAUCUCCCUUUCCUCGUCUCGGCUGGAGCCCCUCGUCCUCUUCCUGCACCAGGUUCUGGACAAGCUCUUCAGGUUGAUUGUGCAGCCCAUGGUAAUCGCAGGACAGACAGCCAACCUUGCCCAAAUUGCUUUUGAAUCUGUGGUGUCAGUCGUGAACAGCCUCCACAACAGCCAAGAACUUGCCAAGGAUCAGCAUGGACGAAACUGUCUCCUGGCCUCAUAUCUGUAUUAUGUGUUCAGACUUCCAGAUACACAAAAAGAGAUAUUAAGCACAGGAUCGGGGACGUCCCUGCUCCACCCGGAAAGCCGCUACAACACGAUGGGCCGUGCCAGCGCCUCCUCUGUGGGCACCAGGCUCCUGCAGUCGCGGGUCCUCAGCAGCAGCAACCCAGACAUCCCAGCCCCACAGACUGCUGACGACGAGGAGGUGAAGAGCAUCCUGAACUCCAAGGGCCUCAAUAACCCUGGCAACCGCAUGUCUUCCUAUAUAGAAGUUGCCAACCACUUCCAAAAUGUUUCAGGGGGUCCCAGACCUACAAAUAAAAAGCAAUUCCAUGAGGAGCUUGCUCUUCAGAUGGUUGUCAGUACUGGAGUGUGCAGAGAAAAUGCCUAUAAAUAUGCCUGGUUCUUCUUUGAGCUUCUGGUGAAGAGCAUGGCCCAGUACGUCCAUCAGAUGGAGAAACAUGACAUCCCUCGUAGGAGCCGCUUCUCUGAUAGGUUCAAAGAUGACAUCACCACUAUAGUGAAUGUAGUGACUGCUGAGAUUGGGACAAUUUUAGUGAAACAGCAGAAGGAAGUUGAGCAAGCUGAGAAGAUCAACAUUAGCUUGGCGUUUUUCCUGUAUGAUCUCCUGUCUCUCAUGGACCGCGGCUUUGUGUUUCACCUUGUGAGGAACUAUUGUAAUCAGAUGUCAGCAAAGUCCGUCUCGAUCCCGACUCUCAUAUCGAUGAGGCUGGAGUUCCUGAGGAUCCUGUGCAGCCAUGAGCACUAUCUCAAUAUCAAUCUCUUCUUUGUCAGUCCAACCUCUGCCCCAGCCUCCCCUUGCCCCUCUAUCUCCUCCCAGAACUCGAGCUCUUGCUCCAGCUUCCAAGACCAAAAGAUUGCCAGCAUGUUUGACCUUUCUCAAGACUAUAAACAGCAGCACUACUUGACGGGACUGCUCCUCACUGAGCUCAGCGCAGCAGUGGACAUGGAGACCGAGGCAAUGGGCAAAGUUCAGCGGAAGGCGAUCAAUGCCACCCACAGCCUGCUGUGCUCACACGACCUGGACCCCCGGUGCAGCCGCCCUGAAGUGAGGUCCAAAAUAGCGGCUCUUUACCUGCCUCUCGUCAGCAUCGUCCUCGAGUCCCUCAACCAUUUAGACUUCACAGUUGCUGAGUCUCGGGGAGGGAAAGGAAAGUCAGGAACCCCAGAAGAGGAGAAUGAAGCUGUGACCCCCAUCAGUCAAUCUGUUGCUAUGGCAAUAGCAGGGAAUCCUUUCAGUACUCUUGCAAGAAGCACCAUUUCAUCUGUGUCUGGCAAACCAUGUGGCACAUUGACAGUUGAAACCAGUCGAAAUCUGCUCAUCUGUUUCUUGUGGAUCAUGAAAAAUGCUGAUCAAAACCUCAUUCAGAAAUGGGCUAUGGACCUGCCCUCUUCCCAACUGAACCGGCUUUUGGAACUACUCUAUAUAUGCGUUUCCUGCUUUGAGUACAGGGGGAAGCAGAGCUCCGACAAAGUGAGCACCCAGGCACUGCAGAAAUCCCAGCAAGCCAAGGCCCGGCUGGAGGAGGCUCUGCUGGGAGGCAUGGGGGCCCGAGGAGAGAUGAUGAAACGUAGUCGCGGGGUCCUAGGCAAUGACAGGACGCUGGGACAAAACGAGAACUUGAGGUGGAGGAAAGAUCUGACCCAGUGGCGGCAGACCAAUGAGAGACAGGACAAAACUAAGGCAGAGCUUGACCAAGAGGCCAUUAUCAGUGGUAACCUGGCCACAGAGACUAACCUAGUCAUUCUUGACUUGCUAGAAACCCUCAUCCAGGGAAUCUCUCUGUCUGAUGUCAAAGACAGUGUGCUUGGAGGGGUCCUGAGAGUCCUGCUCCACUCCCUCAGCUGUAACCAGAGCACAUCCUACCUGGCACACUGCUUCAGCACACUUAGAGCCCUCAUUGUGAAGUUUGGAGACCUGCUCUUCGAGGAAGAGGCAGAGCAGUGCGCCGACCUGUGCCAGAAAGUCCUUCAGCACUGCAGCAGCUGCAUCGAUGGCAACCGCAGCCAGGCCUGCGCCACCCUCUACCUCAUCAUGAGAUACAGCUACAGCUCGGCCAGCAAUUUCUCCCGUGUGAAGAUGCAGGUCACCAUGUCUCUGGCCUCGCUAGUGGGUAAAUCUUCAGAUUUCCAUGAAGAGUACCUGAGAAGAUCUUUACGAACUAUCUUGGCAUACGCUGAGGAGGACACAGAGAUGCAGUCAACACAAUUACCUUGCCAGGUUGAUGAGUUGCUACGAAACCUGAACAGCAUCCUGUCUGACACGGUGAAAAUGAGAGAGUUCCAGGAAGACCCAGAGAUGCUGAUGGAUCUCAUGUACAGAAUAGCAAAGGGCUACCAGACAUCCCCUGACCUGCGUCUGACCUGGUUGCAGAACAUGGCGGAGAAGCACUGCAAGAGAAAGUGCUCCACAGAGGCUGCCAUGUGCCUGGUGCACGCUGCUGCCCUGGUGGCUGAAUAUCUGAGUAUGCUGGAGGACCACAAAUACCUGCCUGUGGGCAGCGUCAGCUUUCAGAAUAUCUCUUCCAACGUCCUAGAGGAAUCAGCGGUGUCGGAUGACAUCCUGUCUCCGGAUGAGGAUGGGAUUUGCACUGGCCGGUACUUCACUGAGAACGGCCUGGUGGGCCUUCUGGAGCAGGCCGCUGAGCUGUUCAGCACUGGUGGAUUGUAUGAAACCGUAAAUGAAGUUUACAAAAUCGUCAUUCCUAUUCUGGAGGCUCACAGGGACUUCAGGAAACUGUCUUCCACUCACGACAAGCUGCAGAAAGCCUUUGAGAAUAUCAUCCAGAAGGGUCACAAAAGAAUGUUUGGGACAUAUUUCCGCGUGGGUUUCUAUGGAAUGAAGUUUGGAGACUUGGAUGAGCGUGAAUUUAUUUACAAGGAACCUGAUAUCACCAAGCUUCCAGAAAUAUCCCACAGAUUAGAGAACUUUUACAGUCAGUGCUUUGGACAGGACGCUAUGGAGGUAAUAAAAGAUUCAGCCCCAGUUGACAAAGCCAAGCUAAAUCCUAAAAAGGCUUACAUUCAGAUCACCUUUGUGGAGCCAUACUUUGAUGAGUAUGAAAUGAAAGACAGGUUGACCAAUUUUGAAAAGAACUUCAAUUUGAGACGCUUCAUGUACACCACCCCCUUCACAAAGAGUGGCCGCCCCAGAGGAGAGCUCAAUGAGCAGUACAAGAGAAAGACUAUCCUGACCACUAUGCAUGCCUUCCCUUAUGUCAAGACCAGGAUUAAUGUCAUUCAGAAGGAAGAGUUUGAUCUCACACCCAUUGAAGUGGCCAUUGAGGACAUGCAGAAGAAAACCCUGGAGCUGGCCGUCGCCACUCACCGAGAGCAACCAGAUGCCAAGAUGCUUCAAAUGGUUUUGCAAGGGUCUGUGGGGGCAACAGUCAAUCAGGGUCCCCUAGAGGUAGCCCAGGUGUUCUUGAAUGAAAUCCCAGCAGACCCCAAGCUUUUCAGGCACCACAACAAACUGAGACUGUGCUUUAAAGAGUUCAUUAUGCGGUGUGGAGAGGCUGUGGAAAAGAACAGACAUCUUAUUACAUCUGAUCAGAAGGAAUAUCAACAUGAACUCCGGAAGAACUACAAUAAACUUAAAGAAAACCUGAGGCCAAUGAUUGAGAGAAAAAUCCCAGAACUUUAUAAACCUCUAAUCAAGCCUCGAAUAGAAAACAGGGAAUCUUUUAAAAGACACAGUUUUCGAAGAACCGCUGAUGAAAAUUCAUGAGAGGAUGAGCUGUUUCUCAAGUGUGCACCGAGAAGACCAUUCUUAAUUGAAAGACAUGGUGGGACAGAAGAAUAAUUUGAUCCCUUAUUUGUUGAAAAUUGCUGAGGAGAGACUGCACGCAAGGAGCGUUAGAAGUUGGACAUUGGGAUUAAUUUUGAUGAAACGUUAAGCCUAUUACAAGCUUUUCCCAUACACUUUAAUUUAAUAGAAAACCUAGUAGCUUAAAUGAAUUGCCUAUGAAUUGCACCAGAACAGUCUUGGUGUGAAGCAGCUUUUGAUAAAGGUUAAGUGCGGUUUAUACAAUAGUUCCCUGGCCUUUAAUUACCAUGUUUCAAAACUCUAUAGUGUUUUUCCUUUUAAAACCUGGUUUCACUUAUAAGAUUAAAGGGUUUAUAUGAAAAGUCUCUGCAGGUCAAGACUGAAAAGAGCACUGAGUAAUAACAGCACUAUAUUACUGUAUUUCCUUUCGUUGCAUGUAAAUAUGCUCUCAUUUUAUCAAAUGGAAAUUAUAUAACAUGACAGGUAGAAGAGGUUUAAUGAUAUAAAAUCUACAUAAUAUGCAGCUUUAGAAAUUCUCUCCAGUGUAAUAUACUAAAGGGUCCUAAUUUUUAAUGAUAGAGAAUUAGCAGAGGCUACCUCAACCUGGUGGCUGUUGUAUAUGAAAAAUAUAGUUUCCAAUAAACAAGGUACUAAGGCCAUUUAUUUUACAUAUGGUUAGCUGUACAAAUUUGUAACUGAAAAGUAUUUAUUUUGAAAGAAGCAUGCAUGUAUUGACUAUUCAGAUAAAAUGCACGGACAAAAAAGAAAAAUGGCACAGCCAGACUUAUCCGGAAGUAACCAUGGACUUCUCCUUGCUCAGAAAUUUUCCAGACGUACAGUACGUAAAAUCAAGGUGCCUACAUAUUACAGGUUUUCAAAAUGGGAGAAUGAGCUCUUUCUAAAACAAGGAGAGUAAAUAAUAUCCAAUCUACCAUAAAUGGUCAAAGACAGAAAAUAUGAAAAAGUUGUAUAUUAAUGAUAUCUGUUUGAGAUCCUUUGAUCAGUUAAAUAAUAGUAACCACAAGGGUCUAAAGGGACGAAAUAAUUAAUCUCACUUCUAACCUGUCAAAUGUAAGUCUGGACAAAACAGGCUUUCAAGAUUGUGUUCAGUUUUAGCUGAAUGUUGUUCAUAUGAAUAUGUUUAUAUGGAUCAUUAGUCAGGCUUUAUGAAAGGAGUAAAACAGCUGGCCAGUUGUCAAAAGCGGGGAUACCAGUUGAUAAAGGUGUGCUGGAGGUUCUCAAGCAUAUUUGGAGCAUGCAUUCCAUUUCUGGAAUGGCUUAUAAGUUUUCAGAAUCAAUGUGUUAUUCACAUGUUAAGAUAAAUGGAAGUGGUAUUUGUUGUUCAGUUUACAGCAGAAUACAUUCUUCAAAUACAACACCCUAUUGGGGAAAAUUAGUUACAUGAUUUAGAAUCAAGUCAUUUAGUUUUCUAUUUAUUUUGACUCAAAAACUCAACAAGGAUAUUUCAUGUUGUCAAAUAAUCUGUUACAUUACACAACAUGCUGCUUUUUGUAAUUCCAUAUCUGAGGUUUUUUGUAAGUACCUGUAAGCACUGGAAUCUGUUUUAUUGAGUUUUUUGUUGUUGUUUUUUUACAUGGGACCUAUUGAGUGUUGUGUUGAGAAGUAACUUCAAAAACAUAAAUACAUUUCACAACUGUAAGAGUUUAAUACACUUAAUAAAUAUUGGUACAAAAAUGGAGCCUGUCUUUAUUUUUAAUGUAACAUUGUCUCAUCAUAAAUUCCUGUUAGAAUACAGCACUAUUACACAAUUUACAGUACAAAUGUUGGGUAACAUGACUUGUGUUGAUCUAUAUACAUGUUAUUGCUGUUGUUACUUUCUGGACAGGGCAGUGUGUAAAUAAACUCCUGUGUUAACCUAA